UGUUUAUUGAGUAGGGCUGAAAAAUUUCAACACGGGGUGAUACUAGACAACACAAAUAUUUAGUUUACAAAAAAAAAAGACAAAUUAAACUUAUUUGUCUGAUUAUACCAAUUUUCAACUUUUUAUAAGUUGAUAUUUAUUACUGUUCAAUUAAAUUCUUCGUAAAUAAAAUUUUUCUGAGUCCCCAAUUACCAUUUAUUGUAGUGUGUCAAAAAUGAAGUGGGGAAAGCAAGAAAAAAGCAAGCAAGGCAGGAAAGAAAUAGGAUAGUGGCAAGGUUUCCUUUCAAGCUGCUCACCAGUCUUAACAAACACUGAGUCAAGCAGGUGAACGGCUAUUCAGAAUUAAACUCAUCAACAAGUCCCGGUCUACCACCUCGAGUUCGUUGUCCGAUAUAAAUUGGAUAGCUUUUUAUUUGGAAUAAUAAUUAAUUUCUAGUGUCUACAAAGUAUAAAAACAAAAUAUAAAGUGAUUCCGGUAGUCAAACUCGGUCAAUGUGUUAAUUAUUAUUUAUAAAAAUAUCUUGUUUCAAUUCGACACAUGAAGACACCUAGAUCCAAUACAUCAGUCAGAAAUAAAAUAGUAUCAGAAUAUGGAUAAAGAGUAUCAUUUAGCAGCAGCUCAUUUCCCAGAAAAUAUAAGAGAGACAACUUGCAGCUGCAACACAAUUUCUCUCGACAAGUGCUGCUCCUCGCGAAACGGUCACAUGUUUCAUGAGCCAUUUUAUCUACAUCCACCAGCAUCACGUCUUUGCGAUGGCAUCUACAUAAAUCCUAUGAGUUCAUUUAUAUCGAAACCGUCAAAAGAGUUAAAAGACACGUCAUUUUAUCUCCAUAGUCCUCAUGAAUUGGUCUACACGAAAAUAACAAGGUUAUUUUGUGAUAAAAAGCCAAGAAAAAAUUUAACCGAAGAAAGAGACAAUACUCUAACGGUAAAAGUUGACGUGCAUUCCAAUGAUACAAGUAAUAACUACAGAUCACUUAGUAAUGAAAGUUUAGUUGGAAAUGAAUCAAUGAAAGACACAACUCAACAUGUUUAUGAGCAAAUUCACAUGAGACCAAGUGAAACAUUAAGCCUGAAAUCAAUUAGCAGCAAUAAUAAAAAAGCUUGUGAUGACUCAUCAAAGUGUUGCCGAUCGAGGACAAGUAGAAGAUUUAGCAGGUCAAGCAGCGGAAGCGAGUCGACAUCGUCUCAGAUAAACAACGAGCUACAAUAUUUGUCGACAUCAAUACCAGCUUCAGCUCAAUUCGGUAGUAACGAGGUUAUUACCAACGAAAUUCCAAAACCACCAGACUUAUCAGAAAGAAACAUUAAAACAUCAGUAGAGCUCGAUAAAAACGCGAAAAUUUCAUGUGAGGUGAAACCUGCUCUACCACCCCCGCCGCCGCCACUGCCACUUCCACUACGAGAUGCCGAUUCGUCAACAAUCGUAAAAAUGGUCGAAGCCGAAAAAAAUAAAAAUAAAAUCGAGAGUCAAGUUUUCUCAGUGACUAACAAGCACGAGGACGUAUCAUCCUCUUUUGAUCACCAGCUGAAUCAACAUCAACAGCAGCAGCAAAAUUUUCAAAUAGAAGUUGACAAAGGUGUAAAAAUUGAAUCUGAUAAUAAAUCAAGUCAGGUGGGCCACCUGAUAAAUAAGCACAUGGUCCUGCCAUUUAUUCCACCGAAAUUCAAAAAUGUUGCUGAUUCGAAUACGUUGCUUAAACCUUCUGAAUACUUGAGGAGUAUCUGUAAAGCAACUAACAAGAAUACUCUUUCAAAAGCAAGAUCAGUGGACAAUUUGGAUUUCCGAGGUAUAUCUGAAGUCAGUGAAGAAGUUAAUGAAUGUGAAGUGCAAACUAUGACGUCAUCAGGCCCACCACCACCACCAUUGCCACCGCAAAACUCGUCAGCACCACGUCAAGAAAUAACAGCAAAUGUCGCAACAAGUAAAACACAAAAGAAAAAAACACCACAACCAUUGGCAACAAUAAGUAUACAAGAUUUGACAAGUGUUCAACUGCGACGUACAAAUAUUAAAAUGUAUGCAGCUAAGACGUUUUCAACUCCACCACCACGCAGUGUUUCUAUGACUAACGUGUCUGAACCAUUUUUCGUGGAAAAAACUGAUCUGAUUGCUGAACUCAAAAUGACCAAGGACAUACCUGGUAUUAAAAAAUUAAAAGUUGAAAAGGCUGAAGUUGAAAAAUAUCAAGUAAAAAGUAUUAAAAGUGAAUUGAACAAGGCAUUCAGUGUAUCAAACUUCGUUGAUCAAAUACCAGAAAAAGACAGUUCUGGUAAUGUUAUACCAAUAUGGAAACGCCAGAUGUUGGCGCGAAAAGCAGCGGGUCGUGCUAAAAAAGAACUUGAAGAGCAAAUUGCCCGUGAUAAUGAAGAAAAGCGACAAAAAGCAAUACCACCAUGGAAACGUCAACUGCUGGCUAAAAAAGACAGUGCAGAUCUUGAUAAAAAGGCACCUUUGAUUGACGUGCCGUCUGUUAAAAUUGAGAAAAUUUUGACAAUCCAAAAAGAAAAGCACGAAGGAAACCCAACUGAGUCUGAAAAUAAAAAAAAUAGAGAUGCUAAUAAAAAACAUCAUUCAGACGGUGAUAAUAAUGAUAAUAAUAAUGAUGCACUGAUUAUACCUUGGCGUGCACAAUUGCGAAAAACCAACAGUAAACUAAACAUCUUGGAAUAAAUUAUAUGUUAAAAACGAUUUUAUAUAUUGUAAAUAAAUCUCAAUUAUUUAAAAAAAUUAUACAGUCAAUGGAUUUAUACAUUCACGUCUUUUUAUUUUUCCUUGCUGUUAUUGU